GCUCCGGAGCCUCUUUGCCUCCCUCCGUCGAGGCCUCCCUUUGGGCUCCCCCUCUCCCUUGCCCUUGCAGCCGGGCAAAAGCCCUUGACCCUUCGGCCUCUUUGCCUCCUUCCCCCGAGGCUGCUCCCCUUUCGGGAAGGGCAUGGCGGGCUCCCCGGGGGCCCUCUUCUGCUUCUUCUUCUUCUCCCUCUGCCUCACCUGCAGCCUGGCUUCGGCGGCGGAGGGGAGCCCGGCGGGGUCUGUGGGGAGGCCAGGCGGGGCAAGGAGGGAGCUGUCCCCGGGGGCCCUGGAGGGGCUCUCUCCGGAGGGAGACCGGGUCUCGGAACACAUGCGCCGCCUUUACCAGCGCUACAGCGGCGCAAAGGAGGACGAGGAGGAGGAAGAGGGCCAGGGAGGGAACCGCAGCAGCAGCAGCAGCCCAGGCAACACCGUCCGGAGCUUCCGAGGGCGGACCUCAGGGAUUCCUGGCAACAAAGAGGUGCAUGUUUUUAAUCUGACCUCCCUCACAAAGUCCGAAAACAUAUUGUCAGCUCUGUUGCAUUAUUAUGUUGGAGAUCUCUGGAAGAGUAGCACAAAUCACGGGCCCGGGAUAUCUGACAUGCAGCUUAGCCUCUUGCUGUUGAGUUUGCCUACAUCAGGGAACCAAACGCGGACCCUGGGACAUUACUUGGUCAACAUCUCCAUGGCUUAUCAUGAUGUCCCUUCUUGGCAGUGGAAGAACAUUACUGAUGUCUUGAGUAAAGCCAAGGAAAACAAUGACUUGAUCGUUGGGGUUAAAAUAGCCCCUUUUGGCCAACAACCUUGGAAGAACAUGAAUCCCAGUUAUGAACCAUACAUCCUCGUUUAUGCAAAUGACUCUGCUAUUUCAGAACCAGAGAAUGUUGUUUCUAUCUUACAAGGACACCGGAAUCCCCUGCCUGGAAGUCUUCCAAAAUUAGAUAGCCAUUCUAAAAAUGGUCUCAGUGAAGGGAGGCAAAAACGUUCCACCAAUGUUCUUUUGCCUUUGCAAAACAAUGAGCUUCCAGGAGCUGAGUAUCAAUACAGUGAGGAUGAAGGAUGGGAGGACAGGAAGCACUACAAAACUCUCCAGCCACGCCUAGCUGAGCGGGCAAAGAACAAGAAAAAGCAAAGAAAGAAUAACCACCAAAAGAGUCAGACACUCCAAUUUGAUGAACAGACUCUUAAAAAGGCAAGGAGGAAGCAGUGGAAUGAGCCAAGAUACUGUGCACGGCGCUACCUCAAGGUGGAUUUUGCAGAUAUUGGCUGGAGUGACUGGAUUAUUUCCCCUAAAUCUUUUGAUGCUUACUAUUGUUCAGGCGAAUGCCAGUUCCCUAUUCCAAAGGCUCUGAAGCCUUCAAACCAUGCCACCAUCCAGAGCAUAGUGAGAGCUGUAGGUGUUGUUUCUGGAAUCCCUGAACCUUGCUGCGUCCCAGACAAGAUGUCAUCUCUCAGUAUCUUGUUCCUCGAUGAAAAUCAUAACGUGGUACUCAAAGUCUACCCAAAUAUGACAGUGGAGUCUUGUGCUUGCAGAUAACAUCCCUUGAUGCACACAUACACCACCUAAUCUAAAUCCCUUUCUCACUGCCUUGACUUUGUUGCUUAACAGUUCCCCUACCCCACCCCAUUUUGCACUGCCAAUGCAUUUCAUUUUCCAAAGAUUUUAAAGUACAAAUGAAAAGACAAGCACCAGCUGAGAAGGAACACACCAUGGAUUUUCAGAACAUGGAAGGACUCGAAUAAACUUUUUUUUUACUGUGAGAAUACAACAGAAAAAUUCUGUAACACUUUGCACCAGCAACAAACUAUGUGGCAAAGCACGUAAGGGGGGAAAUUAUGAAAUCCAGAAAGUACUCUUCCCAAAGAUCUGAAGUAUGGCAGGAAGACCCUUUGGUAUAUUUCUAUAUGAAGCUUUGAAAACAGUUCAUCAAAACUGCUGGCUUUCUGGUCUAUUCUUCCAGAAACUAAUGGUGAAAGAGAUUUAUGAUACACGUUAUGCAUCUGAAGCUAAGCUUUCAGCCUUAGGUUGCAGGCAAACUCCCCAAAGUGCUAAAUAACCUAAUAAGUUCUGACAUCCUAAGAGCCUAAGAAAAUCCAAUUUAAGAUGUUUAUUUUCUUGACAUGGUGUGUCAGUAGUGCUCUUUAUGUGUAUCGCCUACAUAAACAAGGCCUUUCCCUCCAUGGAAUAAUGGAAACCUUUAACUUGCAAGCUCAAAUGUGCUUCUGUUUUUAUAUCUUCGAAGGAUCAGCACAUGUUAUAGCAAUAGUGGCAUGCCCCCAAUACUGCCUCAGUUCAGAUCAUGUCAGGAAACUGGUGAAGGGGGCAGGUGGCAGAGUAGAAAGCAGAUUCUGGUUUGCCUGGGUGGUUACUGUAGUCAUUUACUAUAGUAACCAUGUUUACAAUGGGUAGUCUCUUGUCCUAGGAACAGUAUAUAGUACAAGGGAAUAUAAAUGUCUGCUCAAAAAUAUCACUCAUUAAUCAAGUGGUACUUUUAGGUAAAUUGGAAUAGGAUUGCAGCUGAGACUGUCUGUCCUUGAGAUGAUCUUUUACUCAGUGAAGCAAAGGAUUAAGAAGAGACUGAGUAAUUCAUGUGUGGCCUUUUUCAAGAUGGGACUCUUGCCUGCAGGAAGACAUCAUGUAUGAGCAAACUGUAUCAGCAGACCUACAAAGCCAAAAGUAGAGAGUUAUUUAGUUUUGCACUGGAUGGCUAUGUAGAGAGGGCAUGGGGUAGUUUGGCAUCUCCAAUGGACUGAAGGAGUUUGCACUGAAUGCAUUGCAUCCUCAUGUCUUGUAAAGCCUAGAAAAUAGGUGUGCUUUGAUUCAUACCACACUAAGUGCCUUCCAUUCUCUGCCCAAAGGGCCAGGCAGUUUUCUUGCUGGGAUUGAGGUUUAGAGCUUUAAUUUCCAGCUCACUAGAGAUACAAUGCAGCUUCAAAGCAUUGGAACCUCUUUUACUGAGGAGCUGAUGCAUUCAUUAUUAAGCUAUCUCCUUCUUCAUGUAAAAAUUAAUAAUGAAAAGACUUUUGUACAUUCAUUAUUAUUUUUUUUGCUUAGGAAUUAAUGCUUGUACAGUCAGCGUCAGUAAAGUUUUUAGGAAAGCCAAAGGAUAUUUGUAUAUGGAAAGAAGCUUUUAUUAAUGCCUUUAAUUUAUUUUAUUUCUGUUGCCUUCCUGUGUGUUAAUUAAGUUCACACAUUUUAGUACUCUUAAACACACACUGAGUUUUACAUUAAUUUUUACAAAAUCCUCAUAUAUAUGCCUUCAGAACCAAAUGUGCAUGCUGCAAGAGCACUGAGGAUACUUUCCACUACUGAUGUAUAAGCUUGCCUAACUUGUAUUUGUUUCCCUCCUUCAAUAAUAAGAUUUUUUUCACUGCAAA